CGAAAUUUACCCCUGUUCCGAGACAAGGCCAAAAGGCCCUGCCUCCGCCACUGACUCAGAUGUCUAUAAAAAACACUACUCAAAUGGAUCAGGCUGCCAGCUAGUCGGCAUAAAUAUAUCAAUUUUAUAAUUUUGACAUUUUAUAUAUAUCAGAUUGUUUGAUUUCGUUUUGAUAACAUAUAAUUUGAAUUUAAUAAUUAUGUUAAUUGGUUAAUAUCCAUGUGAACAACGAAGUCAAAAUUGUAAUUCUAUUUAGAAGCACUUUGAUGAUUUAGAAGCGUAAAAGUGCAAGUUCCAAAGCGUAAAUUUUAACUACAUUUUUUAGGGAAAAGCGCGGUUCUUUAUGAAAGUGUUAUGGUGAUCUAGAAAUGUAAAAUAGUAAGCUUUAAAAUUUUAAAAUACGAUUUUGACUAUAUUGUGCGUGAAGAGAACGUGAAAAUGAUGAAGGCCGAAUGAAGAGAGACACGAAAGGUAGUUAGAGAAGGCGACUUUGAGUGGAUACCAUCUUCUCACAUUCGAGGUCCAAAAUAUAGUGGCAAUUUCAGUACUGCUAUAAUAUGGAGGGAACCCAAUUGAUGAUUAAGGUGGACUUGAUAUUAUAGCAGUACUGAAAUUGCCACUAUAUUUUGGACAUUUCAUUGAUUUCAAGUCGUUGAGUUUGGAGUUUGCCCUUUCUCGCGCCCAAAUUGGAGCAUCACAAUUCACAAAACCAGCUACCCAUCCGUCCAACGGUCCUUGUCCUCAAUUCUCAGUGAGAGAAUGAAGUGGGGUUGCAAUUUAAAAAAAAAAAAAAUGGCGUAGCAAGUGGAGGUGAGGUGAGCGGGUAAUUCUCGUUCAAACGGCCCAAAAGCGAUCUGCUUUGUCAAUUGGAAACUGGAAUCAAGGAAUGGAAAGGAGCGGACUUUACAGGAAUAAUUUAUUGUGCCGGGGACUCGGCGGUGAGAUGGGCCUGACUCAGUGAGUCAGAGGGUCUCAGUCUCACGUCCCUCCCAUGACAAUCCCGUUACUCUCCCAACCCCCAACUCCCCAAAAGAAUUAACUCCCAAAUGGCCAAAGUCUAGUCUACACUUCCGUUAUCUCAUCUCAUCUCCCUCCGUCUCGUCUCCUGCUCCCUUCCAUUCAAACCUAUCGAACUCUGGAACUUCCCCCGGAUGAGGAAAUCAUGGGAAAUCAACGUUCACGCCAAGGGCAGCGGCGGCUAUCGAUUCGGAUUCAAAGCUAGAUUAGCAGAAACCAGGGGCAGCAAGCUCCGUACUCGAUUCCCAUUCCUUUCCAGGCUCUACGAUUCCUUCGUCGAACCAACAACUACCUCAAAAGACCCCAAAUCACUCCACAGAUUCAAGCCCUCUUCCCCUUCAACUUCGAGAUCCAAGCACCACCGCUCCAAGAAGCACAAGAUCCCUGAACCCGAGCAGAUCCCGAUUUCUCCCCCCAAGAUCGACAGCACUGCCAGUCCCUACAAGGUGAGCCGCUUCAUUCCGAGAUCCAGAUCUCUGCCGAACCCGGAAUGUGGUACCACGCUAUUUGAUGGGGCAAAGCCGAAACAGGACAACGACAACGGCCUGGGCUCGUCGAUUGUGAGAUCCGUGAAAUCCCUGUCCCGGUCGAUCGAAGAGAGAAGUUGGAGCGGGAUCUUGAUCCACGGUUGGUGCGUCGCGCUGUUCGCCUGGCUGCUGUUGAUGGAACGGUUUGGGAUUCUCAAGUGGAGAAAUUUAGCGGCCGUUUUGGUCGUGGCGGUUGUAGCUUGGGGAGUCGCAUCUCGGAAUGUGGUGGAGUCUGCCGACGACGAUGGCGGCGGCCAAGGAAGGGUUCAGGAAGCUUGGAAAUUUACUGCAUCUUCUGGGAGUUUAGACCAGCUUUCCCAGGUUGUCUUCUCUAGGAUUCGGCAGGCCAUUGGGCUUUGAUUCUGCAAGGAAGGACGAUUGCAGAUUGCUCACUGGAGUUGAGUUUGGUAUUCUUCAUUCACAAUAGAUACCAGAAUUAUAUUAUGUCGAUAUUAAGAAUUACCAUAAAUUCUUGUCCUCCAUCCCAUUUCUUCUGCAACCUUGAAUGUGAAACUACAGUACAGAUGAGUCCAGCUCCCAUUCCAGUAGAAUGUGAAUUAUUUAUUUAUACGAUUAAACAAAUGUUGAAACGGUAAGCUGCUAAAAAUCCACGCUCUAGUCCCUCCUCCUACACUGCACACUUCAUUUCUCAGUCUGAUCAUUCAUUGCAUUUGUUUGUUGGAUGGAGUUGGACUGACACCGUUGAAGAAAAUUGUUAAAAGUAGCCUUGGUUUGGUUGCGUGGAAAUGCUGGGCUUUUCACUUGUGAUCCAUUUGUUUAUUUCUUUGGGUAUUAUCUAGUCGGGCCCAUAAGUGAGGAAAGCCCAAUAUGCUGACUUUCCGAGUUUAGUCCACAACUUGGAGUUGGGCUGACAAUUGUACCGUUUUUGAAAGUUAAUGGUCCGGGCCGGGGACAGUCUUUGCCUCCUCCUCCUAGUCCCAGGCCACAAGUAAUAUAACUCGGCUGGUUAUGAAUAUGAUGAUGCCUGUACUGUUUGAUUGAGAGUUAUGCGUGCCAAAUUUUGUCCAUGAGUGUAAGAGGCGUGCACUCCAAAAUGUCUCCCUAUUCGUGGCGGUGUCAAGACUUGAGAAACAACUGGAUUCUGUUCAAUGUAGUUAGUAGUCUCCACUCUCCAGUUUGUUGGUAAUAGAGAUGAUAGUAGGGUGGCUCAUUUGGUUUCUCGUAAAAUUUGUGUGUGCUUUUUUUGUGUCUUGUAUGUUAGCGAAGUUCGACUUUGCGCUCCAUAUGAUGAUCUAGAGGGGUCGAAUACAUGAGAUUUGUUGUAUAUAGUAAUCUGUCUUUGCGUCUGAGCUUGGUUUGCUUGUGAUAUCAUAUAAUCUAAUAGCAAAACAAACACUCAGAUUCCAACCGCACAUGGCACUCAGAACCUGCCUGACAUAUUUGUGCCAGUCGUCACUCCGGAUAUAACUACGGCUCCACCGCAGUGGUAGUAAGUGAAAUCCAAUUUGGUCUGUACGGUUGUGGGGAUGAACUCUAUAUAUUAUUAUAUUUUCUUAAUUUUUUAAUUUAAGAAAUGGUAUAUCUAUUCUGACCAGUUGACGCCUCCGCGGCCGAGCCCAUCGCCAUCUAUCCCGAAAUCAUUUUAAAACGCUUGAGUUGGAGGAGGAAGAGAAGACAGAUCACUAAUUAAUUUGUAAAUUAUGGAAUUAAGGGUCAGGAGGAGGAGUAGAAAGAAAGUAAGAAGACAAGAGAAGCUGCGUCGUCGGGUGGCAGGAAAGGAGGAGGAAGAGAAGAGAUUAGAUAGCGGGGGCCCCGCCGGCGGAAGGCGCCGCGCGGCCGUCAAUGAUGAUGUUCAACGUACACCGAAGAAGAAAGAAAGAAAGACGACGGACGGUGGUGGAUGUGAUGAUAUCAAAAUUGAAAACUCGUCAUGUUCAUGAAUGAGCGCAACAAGCCACCAUUGAUUUGUUGUAGUAGUAAUUGUACUGCGCCUCCUGCCCGGCAAAAUUUUAGAAGAACCCUAAAUGGCUUCAACGUUGAAGAGUGGGACCCGCCUCCUUCUCGGAAAGGAAAGAACCCCAUCCUUAGAUCUGACGGGACGCGAUACCAUCAUGGUCAAACUCCAAUCUUCAUACCUGUCUUUGACCAUCUAUUUAUUAAAUUGGAGGAGAAUUUUUUUGUUAAAUAAAAACCAAAGGCACAGAGAGAGAGAGCGAGGAGUCCGCCAUGCCAUUUUUCCCAGUUCACCCACCCAAAAAAGCGGCAGCAGCUAAAAUAAAAUAAAAAAUGUCGAAAAUCCAACUAUAAUAAUGAAUAAUAAAAAUUGGU